GGUGCGCGCGCAGGCUCUUCAGCUGGAGCGGACACACGGUGUGCGAACCGAACAGAAUAACCCGCCCCCAGCGGGAUGUGAAGGACUCCGGGUGAGGCCAGCCACGCCCCGCACGGAUGGGAAAGCCAUUGUGACUAUGUGGUGACAACAGUUGUGUUACUACUGAGUUUCCCACUGAAAUCAUGGAGGAAAAACAGCAGAUUAUAUUGGCUAAUCAAGAUGGUGGGACAGUAGCAGGAACAGCACCUACCUUCUUUGUCAUCCUUAAACAGCCAGGAAAUGGCAAAACUGAUCAAGGAAUUUUGGUUACCAAUCGGGAUGCCUGUGCUUUGGCUAGUAGUGUGUCAUCACCAGGGAAAUCUAAAGGGAAGAUUUGCCUUCCAGCUGAUUGUACUGUCGGAGGAAUCACUGUUACUCUUGAUAACAAUAGUAUGUGGAAUGAGUUCUAUCAUCGAAGCACAGAGAUGAUUCUGACCAAACAAGGAAGACGCAUGUUUCCUUACUGUCGUUAUUGGAUAACAGGUUUAGAUUCAAAUUUGAAAUACAUUCUCGUCAUGGAUAUAUCUCCUGUGGAUAACCAUCGGUAUAAGUGGAAUGGUCGUUGGUGGGAACCCAGUGGGAAGGCUGAGCCUCAUGUUUUGGGAAGGGUUUUUAUUCACCCAGAAUCUCCUUCCACAGGUCAUUAUUGGAUGCAUCAACCAGUAUCUUUCUAUAAACUCAAACUUACCAACAAUACAUUGGACCAAGAAGGGCAUAUCAUCUUGCAUUCUAUGCAUCGCUACCUGCCAAGGCUUCAUUUGGUGCCUGCAGAAAAGGCUAUGGAAGUGAUACAAUUAAAUGGCCCUGGUGUCCACACUUUUACCUUCCCACAGACUGAAUUCUUUGCAGUAACAGCUUAUCAGAACAUUCAGAUUACCCAGCUGAAAAUAGAUUACAAUCCAUUUGCCAAAGGCUUUCGAGAUGAUGGGCUGAAUAGUAAGCCCCAGAGAGAUGGAAAACAAAAGAACAAUUCUGACCAAGAAGGGAAUAGCGUUCCCAGUUCCCCAGGUCAUCGGGUUCGUCUUAUAGAAGAUGAAGGGUCAGAGAUACAGCCAGGUGAUUUGGAUCCUAUAUCAAGGGGUCUUGAAACAUCAGGCAAGGGUUCGGAGAAGAUGUCUCUUAAUAUAAAACGAGAUUUUCUUGGUUUCAUGGAUACUGACUCAGCACUUAGUGAAGUUCCUCAAUUGAAGCAAGAGAUUUCUGAAAGUCUUGUUGCCAACAGUUUUGAAGAUGUCUGUCAUACAGCUUCAUCACCAUUGGACCAGAAUGGAAACUUCAAUGUUGUCAUUAAAGAGGAACCUCUAGAUGAUUAUGACUAUGAUCUUAGUGAGUGCCCAGAAGGGGUCACUGUGAAACAGGAAGAGACAGAUGAAGAGACAGAUGUGUACUCAAACAGUGAUGAUGAUCCUAUACUAGAGAAACAGCUAAAGAGACACAAUAAAGUUGACAACCUAGAAGCUGACGAUCUUUCUUCUAAAUGGCUUCCAAGCAGUCCAUCAGGUGUUGCUAAAGCUAAAAUGUUCAAAUUAGACACUGGAAAGAUGCCAGUAGUCUAUCUGGAGCCCUGUGCUGUCACCAAAAGCACGGUGAAGAUUUCUGAGUUGCCUGAUAACAUGCUUUCCACAUCGCGAAAGGAUAAAUCUUUGUUGGCAGAAUUCGAAUAUUUGCCUGCAUACAUUGAAAAUUCCAGUGGAACUGGCUUCUGCUUAGGCAAGGAAUCAGAAAAUGGUUUUAGAAAACAUUCACCAGAUCUCAGAGUGGUACAAAAAUAUCCCUUACUUAAAGAGCUUCAGUGGAACUAUCCUGAUAUGUCUGAUAGCAUUAAUACAGAAAGAAUACUGGACAGUUCAAAGGGUUCAGCUGGGGACUCCCUUUCAGGAAAAGAGGACUUGAGCAGAAAGAGAACAGCUAUGCUUAAGAUUGCAACAGCCCCAAAGGCAGGGAAUGCUAAUCAGAAUGCCUCUCCAAAUGCCCCUGGAAAAAGAGGAAGGCCACGAAAACUGAAACUCUCUAAGGCAGGGCGACCACCUAGAAACCCAGGAAAGUCUUUAACUUCUACAAAGAAUACCCCUGUAGGUCCUGGAAGUAACUUUCCUGAUGUGAAACCUGAUCUGGAAGAUGUGGAUGGUGUUCUCUUUGUUUGCUUUGAAUCAAAGGAAGCUCUAGACAUUCAUGCAGUUGAUGCAACAGCAGAAGAACCCUCUAGUCUUCAGGCAUCAGCCACAAAUGACUCAGGUUGCAGAGCAAGAAUUUCUCAGUUAGAAAAGGAAUUGAUAGAAGAUUUGAAGUCCUUGCGGCACAAGCAGGUGAUACAUCCUGGUCUUCAAGAAGUGGGCUUAAAAUUGAAUUCAGUGGAUCCAGCAAUGAGCAUUGAUCUUAAAUACUUGGGUGUACAGCUACCUUUGGCUCCAGCUACUAGCUUUCUUUUUUGGAACCUUACAGGAACCAACCCUGCCUCUCCGGAUGCUGGAUUUCCUUUUGUUUCUAGGACAGGGAAAACCAAUGACUACACUAAGAUAAAGGGAUGGAGGGGGAAGUUUCAUAGUGCUUCUGCAUCUAGGAAUGAAGGUGGAAAUUCAGAAAGUUCACUGAAAAAUCGUUCUGCUUUCUGUAGCGACAAGCUAGAUGAAUACUUGGAGAACGAAGGCAAGCUGAUGGAAACAAGCAUGGGUUUCUCUUCUAAUGCUCCCACAUCUCCUGUGGUAUACCAGCUUCCCACCAAGAGUACCAGCUAUGUGAGAACACUUGACAGUGUACUAAAGAAGCAAUCUACCAUUUCCCCUUCUACCUCUUACUCUUUGAAGUCUCAUUCUGUAUUCCCUGCCUCUCGAAAGGCAAAGUCUCAAAACAAACAGGCAACUUUUAGUGGCCGAACUAAAUCAUCUUACAAAUCCAUUUUACCAUACCCUGUUUCACCAAAGCAGAGACACUCUCACAUGGUUCUAGGAGAAAAGGUUACCAAGAAUUCUUCAAGCACCAUCUCAGAAAAUCAGGUGAAUAACUUUGUUGUGCCAACUUUAGAUGAAAAUGUAUUUCCAAAGCAGAUUAGUUUGCGGCAGGCACACCAUCAGCAACAGCAACAGCAACAGCAACAGGGAACUCGCCCUCCAGGCUUGUCUAAAUCUCAGGUGAAGCUAAUGGACCUGGAAGACUGUGCACUUUGGGAAGGAAAACCAAGAACCUAUAUUACAGAAGAGCGAGCAGAUGUGUCCUUAACAACUCUCCUUACAGCCCAAGCAUCUCUCAAAACCAAACCCAUCCACACAAUCAUAAGGAAACGAGCCCCUCCAUGCAACAAUGACUUCUGUCGACUGGGUUGUGUAUGUUCCAGUUUAGCUUUGGAGAAGCGCCAACCCGCUCACUGCCGCCGACCAGACUGCAUGUUUGGUUGUACUUGCUUGAAAAGAAAAGUUGUACUUGUUAAAGGGGGAUCCAGAGCUAAGCAUUUUCAGAAGAAGGCUGCUCAUCGAGAUCCAAUAUUUUAUGAUACUCUGGGCGAGGAGGCAAGGGAAGAAGAAGAAGGUGUCAGGGAGGAAGAAGAACACUUGAAAGAGAAAAGGAAGAGAAAGAAGCUGGAAUACACUAUAUGUGAAACAGAGCCUGAGCAGCCUGUUCAACAUUACCCAUUAUGGGUAAAAGUAGAAGGUGAAGUAGAUCCGGAGCCUGUUUAUAUCCCAACGCCUUCUGUCAUUGAGCCUAUGAAACCAUUAUUGUUGCCUCAACCAGAAGUUUUAUCUACCACUGUGAAGGGCAAACUGUUUACUGGAAUUAAAUCUGCACGGGCAUAUACUCCGAAACCCAAUCCUGUGAUUCGGGAAGAAGACAAAGAUCCAGUCUAUUUGUACUUUGAAAGUAUGAUGACUUGUGCCCGAGUUCGAAUAUAUGAACGAAAAAAAGAGGAACGGAGACAACCAUCCCCUUCCCCCUCCCCAUCUCCAUCAUUUCAGCAACAGAGUUCAUGUCAUUCUAGUCCUGAGAACUGUAAUGCAAAGGAACCUGAUUCUGAACAGCAGCCCUUAAAACAACUCACUUGUGAGUUAGAGGAUGAUUCUGAUAAAUCACAAGAAAAGAACUGGAAGUCUUCCUGCAAUGAAGGAGAAUCUUCUUCUACUUCAUAUAUGCAUCAGAAGUCACCUGGUGGUCCCACCAAACUAAUAGAGAUCAUCUCAGACUGCAACUGGGAGGAGGAUCGGAACAAGAUUUUGAGCAUCUUAUCCCAGCACAUCAAUAGCAACAUGCCACAAUCACUUAAGGUGGGCAGCUUCAUCAUUGAGUUGGCUUCUCAGCGAAAGAGCCGGGGUGAGAAGAGCCCUCCUGUUUAUUCUUCUCGUGUGAAAAUCUCUAUGCCAUCAUGUCAAGACCAAGAUGAUAUGGCUGAGAAAUCUGGAUCAGAGACUCCUGAUGGUCCAUUGUCCCCUGGGAAAAUGGAUGAUGUCUCUCCUGUGCAGACAGAUGCUCUGGAUUCAGUGAGGGAGAGAUUACAUGGAGGCAAAGGUCUGCCUUUUUAUGCAGGGCUUUCUCCUGCAGGGAAGCUUGUGGCCUAUAAACGUAAACCCAGUUCAAGUACAUCUGGGCUUAUCCAGGUAGCAUCCAAUGCCAAGGUGGCUGCAUCCAGGAAACCACGUACCCUGUUGCCUUCAACAUCCAAUUCCAAAACGGCAUCCUCCUCUGGCACCACAACAAAUCGUCCUGGGAAGAAUUUGAAGGCGUUUGUCCCGGCAAAAAGACCAAUUGCGGCUCGACCCUCUCCUGGUGGUGUGUUCACACAGUUUGUGAUGAGUAAAGUUGGAGCCUUGCAGCAGAAGAUACCUGGAGUUAGCACACCCCAACCCCUAACAGGGCCACAGAAGUUCAGUAUCAGACCUUCUCCAGUAAUGGUCGUCACACCUGUGGUUUCUUCUGAGCCAGUUCAGGUGUGCAGCCCUGUGACUGCUGCUGUCACUACUACUACCCCUCAAGUGUUAUUAGAAAAUGUUACUGCUGUGACACCUAUGACUGCUAUUUCUGACGUGGAAACUAAAGAAACUACUUAUUCUGCUGGUGCCACCACUACAGGGGUUGUUGAGGUCUCUGAAACUAAUGUCAGCACCCCUGUAACAUCUACCCAGUCUACAGCCACUGUGAACCUUACCAAAACCACUGGGAUAACUACCCCUGUGGCUUCAGUUGCUUUUCCUAAGUCUUUAGUAGCGUCUCCUCCAACCAUAACUCUUCCUGUUGCUUCCACUGCCUCCACCUCCAUAGUCGUGGUGACCACAGCUGCAUCUUCCUCCAUGGUGACCACACCAACUUCAUCUCUGGGCUCUGUUCCUAUUAUACUCUCGGGAAUUAAUGGGAGUGCACCAGUGAGCCAGAGACCAGAAAAUGCCGCUCAAAUUCCAGUGGCUACUUCACAGGUCUCUCCUAACACAGUGAAACGUGCUGGACCUCGACUGUUGCUGAUUCCAGUGCAGCAGGGUUCUCCUACUCUUAGACCUGUCCCAAACACACAACUUCAGGGUCAUCGGAUGGUCUUACAGCCUAUUAGAAGUCCAAGUGGAAUGAACCUCUUCAGGCAUCCUAAUGGGCAGAUUGUUCAACUCCUACCUUUGCAUCAGCUUCGAGGCUCUAAUACCCAGCCCAACUUACAGCCUGUUAUGUUUCGGAACCCAGGGUCUGUGGUAGGAAUCCGGCUACCUGCUCCUUCCAAACCCUCUGAGACUGCAUCAUCUUCUGCUUCGUCCUCUGCUUUCUCUGUUAUGAAUCCUGUAAUUCAGGCUGUUGGGUCUUCUCCCACAGUGAAUGUUAUCACUCAAGCACCGUCGUUGCUUUCCUCCGGACCUAGUUUUGUGUCUCAGGCUGGUACAUUGACCCUGAGGAUUUCUCCUCCUGAACCACAAAAUUUUGCAAAUAAAACAGGCUCUGAAACCAAAAUAACCUGUAGUUCAGGAGGACAGCCUGCUGGUACAGCCAGUCUUAUUCCUCUACAAUCUGGUAGUUUUGCCUUGUUGCAGCUCCCUGGACAAAAGCCUGUUCCUAGCUCCAUUCUUCAACAUGUUGCUUCCCUUCAGAUGAAGAGAGAAUCCCAGAAUGUGGACCAGAAAGAUGAAACAAAUUCUAUAAAAAGAGAACAGGAAGCUAAGAAAGCUCUACACUCAGAAGGAGAAGCUGCAGACCCUGAGUCAAGUAUAAUAAAGCAAAACUCAGGAGCUGCUGCCUCAGAAGAAACCCUGCAUGAUUCCUUGGAAGACGAGGGAGAUCAUUUGGAUGAAGAAUGCCUUACAGAAGACAGUCCUGCAACUGUCAAGCCUUCUGUGCAUUCCUAUAUCACUGGGUCACACACAAGUGAAGACGAUAAAGAUACCAAUGAAGAAUGUGGGACUAGGAAGCCUUGCAGUUCCAAAGAAAAACUGACUGUUCUGGAAGUUAGGACCAUUUCUGAAAAAGCCAGUAAUAAGACAGUUCAAAAUAUAAGUAAAGUACAGCUUCAAAAACUUGGUGAUGUAAAGGUAGAACAACAGAAAGGAUUAGAUAGUCCAAAGGAAAAAUCAAAUGAACUUCCAGUCAUCUCUAAGGAAGAAAGUAAACUUGAAUUAUCAGGUAGUAAAGUUGUGGAGCAGCAGUCUAACCCACAACUAGAGGCCAAGGAGAAGGGAUGUGGAGACUCUCUGGAAAAAGACAGUAUUAAGGAGAGAUGGAGAAAACAUCUGAAGAGCCCCUUGUCCCGGAAAUGUGUUGGAGCAUCACAGGAAUGUAAGAAAGAAGCGGAUGAACUGUUAACUAAGGAAACAAAGCUGGGUCAAGAAAAUUCAGAUGUGUUUCAGCAAGAACAAGUCAUCUCUGACUUAUUUGGAAAAAGUGGUACUACUGAGGAUGUUCGAGUUUCAAAAACUGAAUGUGAUUCUUGGAGUAGAAUUUCUAAUUCUCCAACCUUCUCCAUCGUUCCUAGGAGAGCUACGAAAAGUAGCAGAGGGAAUGGACAUUUUCAGGGCCACUUACUGCUCCCAGAACAGUUACAACCAAAGCAAGAGAUGAAGGAUGGGAGAAACAGUGCUGACUUCACUGUUUUGGAUUUGGAAGAGGAAGAUGAGGAAGAUGAGAAUGAGAAGACCGAUGAUUCUAUUGAUGAAAUUGUGGAUGUUGUUUCUGACUACCACAGUGAGGAGGUUGAUGAUGUAGAAAAGAAUAACUGUGUAGCAUACAUUGAGGAUGAUGAGGAGCAGGUGGACAUUGAAACUGUAGAAGAGCUCUCAGAGGAAAUUAAUGUUGCACACAUGAAGACCACAGCUGCCCACAAACAGUCAUUCAAACAGCAGUGCCGUGCCCAUGCCUCUGCAGAUGAAAAAGCAGCUGAAAGGAAUCGAAAGACUUCAUCAGUUCCUGUAAAACUGAAGACCGAUUACUGGAAUGACAAACUACAGAAAGAAGCAGAAGCUUUUGCUUAUUAUCGCCGGACACACACUGCCAAUGAGCGACGGCGACGUGGUGAAAUGAGGGAUCUCUUUGAGAAAUUAAAGAUCACAUUGGGAUUGCUUCAUUCUUCCAAGGUUUCCAAAAGUCUCAUUCUUACUCGGGCGUUCAGUGAAAUUCAGGGACUAACAGAUCAAGCAGACAAACUGAUAGGACAGAAAAAUCUCCUGACUCGAAAACGGAAUAUUCUGAUACGGAAGGUAUCAUCUCUUUCAGGUAAGACAGAAGAAGUGGUCCUGAAGAAGCUAGAGUAUAUUUAUGCAAAACAACAAGCACUAGAGGCACAAAAAAGAAAAAAGAAGAUGGGAUCAGAUGAGUUUGAUAUGUCUCCCAGAACUAGCAAACAGCAGGAAGGAUCUUCUACAUCAUCUGUAGAUCUUGGACAGAUGUUUAUAAAUAACAGGAGGGGGAAACCUUUGAUUCUUUCCAGAAAAAGAGACCAGGCCACAGAGAAUACCUCACCCUCAAAUACUCCACCCACCUCUGCCAACCUUGUGAUGACUCCACAAGGGCAACUGCUCACCUUAAAAGGUCCCUUAUUCUCAGGACCAGUGGUAACUGUUUCUCCUGCUCUCUUAGAAGCUGAUCUUAAGCCUCAAGUUGCUAGCAGUGCUAUGGCUCAGUCAGAAAAUGAUGACUUAUUUAUGAUGCCACGAAUUGUUAAUGUCACAUCACUGGCCACAGAGGGAGGUUUGGUAGAUAUGGGUGGCAGCAAAUAUUCUCAUGAAGUUCCUGAUGGCAAGCCACCUGACCACCUGAAAGAUACCAUGAGGAAUGAUGAUAACUCUUUAGAGGAUUCAAGUAGAAUCUCUUCCAGAGCGAACCAUAGAGAUGGCAGAGUUUUUCUGGCAAAUAAAGAGUCUGCUUUUCCACAAAUAGUUGAUGUUACCAGUAUGCAGGAAGCACAGGAGUUCUUACCUAAAAAGAUUUCUGGUGAUUCAAGAGGAAUUCAGUAUAAAUGGAAAGAGAGUGAAUCGAGAGGGGAUAGACUGAAGUCAAAGGAGUCCUCAUUUCAUAAGUUAAAGAUGAAAGAUCUCAAGGACUCAAGCAUAGAGAUGGAACUGAGGAAAGUAACAUCAGCUAUAGAGGAAGCAGCUCUUGAUCCCAGUGAACUUCUGACUAACAUGGAAGAUGAGGAUGAUACUGAUGAGACACUGACUUCCCUGCUCAAUGAGAUUGCCUUUCUUAAUCAACAACUAAACGAUGACUCUGUUAGCCUGGCUGAACUGCCCAGCUCUAUGGAUACAGAAUUCCCAGGGGAUGCUCGACGGGCUUUUGUCAGUAAACUUCCUCCUGGGAACAGAGCAGCUUUCCAUGUUGGGCACUUGGGAACUGGCUUGAAAGAGUUGCCUGAUGUUCAAGGGGAUAGUGACUCCAUCAGCCCCCUUCUCUUGCACUUGGAAGAUGAUGACUUUUCUGAGAAUGAAAAACAGCUUGCAGAACCAGCCUCUGAGCCAGAUGUGCUUAAGAUUGUUAUUGAUUCAGAGAUAAAGGAUUCCCUCCAUUCCCACAAGAAAGCAAGUGAUGGAGAGAAGAGUACUUCUGGCCUCUCUGCAGAGCCUGAAAGUGGUGUGUCCUCACCCCCCAUCCUACACAUGAAGACUGGUCUGGAGAACAGCAGCAACACAGAUACUUUGUGGAGGCCUAUGCCAAAGUUGGCACCUCUAGGUUUAAAAGUAGCUAAUCCUUCCAGUGAUGCAGAUGGUCAGAGUCUCAAGGUGAUGCCUUGUUUAGCACCUAUUGCUGCCAAAGUUGGGUCAGUUGGACACAAAAUGAACUUAACAGGAAAUGACCAGGAAGGCCGGGAGAACAAAAUGAUGCCUACAUUGGCACCUGUUGUGGCUAAAUUGGGCAACACUGGGGCUUCACCAAGUUCUGCAGGGAAAUGAACUUAUUUGUCCUCAGGCAGAAGACAGGCUAUGAGGGGAAAUUGAAUUUCACCUCCUUUCUCUUCAGGCAUCUGUUUGUGUCUUGGAACUUUGAUCCUUGACUUUGAUGAUGCGGUGGAUAAUGAUGGAGAAAGGGGCUAGGGUGCUGACCAUGGUAUAAGAAGUACUAUGAAAAUCUGAUCAUGUUAAAAUGUGUUACCUCACUUGUGGUGCUGGGUCCUCUCAUCCUCUAGACGAUGUGAUCCAUUACUGAACACGAGGUGCCCCUUUUACCCAAGGAAUUCAUAACAAGAUUUUGGCUCCAUAGUGGUUCCUGGUUCUUCCCCUCAAGAAAAAAAGCUGCUUGCGACUUUGGAGUUGCUAUGGACUGAACUGUAGCUGAUAGCUGUUGGGUUAAGUCUGAAAUCUAAGGAAUGAGAUGCACUUGUGCAAAGGGAUCCAAAAGAGAUAGUUUUUAGUUGAGUUUUCAAGAAUAGGGAGAGAGAGGAUGGGUACCAUGGAAUACCAAAGUGAAGGACUUUGUGUCUCUCUUUUUUCAUAUCUCAAGUAGCUCCCAUUCCCUCACCUUAUCAAUCAGAAUUACAAAUGCAAGCCUUCUGGUAAAGUAGGGAUGCUUUUAACUUUUAUUAUUAAGGUAAUUACUUUGAGAUCUUAAAAAAAAUAGUUCUCCUUUAUUGUAUUUGUGGGUAUUAGAAAGUUUAUUUCACAGUGCCAGGGAUUUUUACUGAGAAUAUGCAUCCUGGAGGUAGGCAUAGAGGGACCCUACCCCUUUCACAAAUCAUGUCACUCAAGAGACAGCUAAAGCAUUCUCUCCCCAGAUCAGAGACAGUGGCCAAAAUAAAAAAAUAUGGGGCUGGAUAGUUCCCAAAUCAAACCAGCCUCCUGGUGCUUGAAGGUUUCAUUCACUAUUACCUGCACAGGAUGUAAAGGAAAGAAAAGUCACAGUAGGCACUCUUUACCAGGGAAAUAAGGCAGUAUUUGAAUCACAAGAUAUAUUUUUUAUCUGCUACCAUGGAUUCAAUGAUCUGUAGAGCUUUUUCACUCAUUAGCUGUCAGGGUAUGAAGGACUGACAGUCUGUAAAGAUAAAGAUAUUUAUAUUUUUGUAUAGUUGUUUUCAUAGAUUUCUCAAAGGCUGAAGUUUUCAACCUAGAAGAUGAGAUUUGUACUGAGUAUAGAAAUGAUGUUUCCUAUCUAGUUUGUAAAUAAUCACGGUGCACUUGAGGGGUCUCUUGGAAACUCCUGGGGGCAAGAAUCACUAUUCUGAAACUGUAUAGACUGGGGAUUUAGCUGCUGCAUUUUGCCUUUCUUAAAUAAUUAUAUUUUGGAAUGUAACCCCUGUUCUGUCUUCAUUGACAGGAUUUGCUUGUGUUGUAAAACACUAACACAAGAGCUUCCAGUGCCUGGGCUGUGCCUAGGUGAUACUAUUUCUCCUACAUCCCAUCUUCUUUAACCCAAAUCCCACUCAGCAUACUUUAGACCUAGGUUUUGAGACCAACUUUGGAAUGGAUCUAGCCAGUGAAUUAUUACUUCCAUGGUUGGUUCCCUUCCUGUGAACUCUGGUAAUCAACAGAUUGAAAAGGGUGGAAAAACUUCUGCAAAUUGCAGUGUGAGCAAAUCUUGCUGGUUUUGUGCUGCUUGCCUUUCUAGACCUGCUCAUCAGCACUUAAUCUUUCCUCCCCUAAAGGUUACUGAAGAAGCUUGAAGGAGGUAAAGGGUGCUCCUCAGCUUCUCCUUAUCCCUUCCACUCUUUACCCUGCAGAUUUCAUUAAAUGCCUUAGCCAACGAGUCCAGGACCUGUCCCCCCUGCUAAUAAUUGUCCUUAGAGAUGCUAGUACUUUAAUCCAGGUAUAACAGUUUCCCAUUAUUUCCUUACUUGUCUCUUUCCCACAUUUCCUCGUGACUUCUCAAGCUCUUGUGGCUUUUGAAGGUCAGCCCAGGAGCAGGCAAGUGAGUAAACAAUCCUCAGGAAAAGAAGGACCAUUUUAGCUUCAGAACACUUUUUUUUUUUUUUUUUUUUUUUUAGAAGAUAGACAAACACAUAGUAAUUCUUGAUUGGAGGAUAUUUGACUCUGUUUAUGAGAGAUGUACAAAGAUGGAAACGAGGCAUGAUUCCAGGUAUUUAGUGGAAAGGCUGCAGAUGUCAUUACAAACCCCUAAGAUCCAGUGUUCUCAAGACCUCUUAGAACUAGAUGUUGUCAGGGAUAACUCGAGGAGGGCUCAGUCUUCAGAACAGUCCUGCAGUCUUGACAGAAAUCUAAAAUCUCCAAAAACUCCUACCCUUUAACCUUACCCCAGGGGAAACUAAUCUAUGAAAAUUACAUGUGUGAUGAUGAAAGAUUGAAGUGUGAGGAGUUGAGGAACCUGGAAGAUGGUGAGCUGUCACCCUAACUCUAUAAGAAGCAUGAUCUCAGUAGAUUGAUAAUUCGCCUUUUUAUACAUCUGUAAAUAAAUGGAAUGUUUUUAAGAAUAUAAUUAUGUCAGAUUUAGCAUUUUCUUUUAUAUAUUAAAUAUAUAUAUAUAUCUUUCCUUUUCUGCUUUUGAAAGUGACUAUUUUUUUAGAAACCUAAGAACAGAAGAAGUUUGGAGAUUGAAAGGCAGAAUGUAUAAACCUGAAAUAAAUCAGUUACAACA